AUGAAGCAAUAUUUACCCCUUAAACCUCAUAAAUGGGGUUAUAAAUUAUUUGUUCUCUGUGGAGUAAAAGGUUACGCCUACAAUUUUGAAAUUUACACAGGUAACGAAAACAAUUCUCUAGAACGCCAGCAAAUGCUUGAACCUGACUUAGGUGCAACAGGUAAUGUCGUAGUUAGACUUUCGAGAGUGAUACCGAGAAAUGAACACCAUAAACUAUACUUCGACAAUUAUUAUACGUCAAUUCCAGUUAUGGUGUAUUUAGAAAAAUUAGGUAAACACACAGUAGGGACGUUUAGGAGGAAUAGAUUUCCCGAUAUAGCGCUUAUGCCUGAAAAAGAAAUGCUUAAAAAACCUCGAGGAACAUAUGAUGAAUGUUUAACAGUAGUUGAUGGUGUACCAAUUACAACAGUGUCGUGGAAAGACAAUAAAAUUGUAAAUGUUACCUCCACUUACAUUGGCGCCCUCGAACCAACCAAAGUACGUAGAUACGAUAAAAAACAAAAAAAAAAUGUAGACGUUGAGAUACCAAAAAUUAUCGAAGUCUAUAAUAAGCACAUGGGCGGUGUUGAUCUGAUGGAUUCAUUGAUAGGACGGUACAGAAUAAUAAUGAGAUCAAAAAAAUGGUACAUAAAAAUAUUUUAUCACUUAUUAGAUAUGACAGUCGUGAAUUCAUGGCUAAUGUACAAAAAAAUUACGGGCAACACAAUGCCAUUGGCCAAGUUCCGAGAACAUUUAUCUGUAACUCUUAUGCAAAGUGGAAUCGCCAAACGAGGAAAAGGCAGGCCCUCAGGUUCAUUCGAAAUACAAGAAAAUAUUAAAAAAAAACGAACACAAACACCAUCUGCGCCGUUUAACGAGAUAAGAAGAGAUUGUCUAGAACAUUGGCCAAACUAUGAACAGCAAAGACGGGUAUGCAAAAUGCCAAAAUGCAAAUUUCAGUCGUUCACAAAAUGUUCCAAAUGUUGUGUAUAUUUAUGUUACAAUAACGAUAGAAACUGUUUUGUUGAUUUUCAUUGUUCUUAG